AGGCGGCGCGCGCCGGUGCGACGUCAACGCAGCUUGCUGCGUUCGCUGGGCUGCGUACCGCGGCCGGGCCGCGGCGGAGUCCUUCAGGGUUCGAUCGGGCAGUUUGCUGGAAACCUUUGCGGCCGACAUGGACAACUCUGGGAAGGAGGCGGAGGCGAUGGCACUACUGGCCGAGGCGGAGCGCAAAGUGAAGAACUCUCAGUCCUUCUUCUCUGGCCUGUUCGGAGGCUCAUCUAAAAUAGAGGAAGCAUGCGAAAUCUAUGCCAGAGCAGCGAACAUGUUCAAAAUGGCCAAAAACUGGAGUGCUGCUGGAAACGCUUUCUGCCAGGCUGCCCAGCUUCACCUGCAGCUCCAGAGCAAGCACGACGCGGCCACCUGCUUUGUGGAUGCCGGUAAUGCCUUCAAGAAAGCUGACCCCCAAGAGGCCAUCAGCUGUUUGAUGAGAGCCAUCGAGAUUUACACAGACAUGGGCCGAUUCACAAUCGCAGCCAAGCACCACAUCUCCAUUGCUGAGAUCUAUGAGACAGAGCUUGUGGACAUUGAGAAGGCCAUCGCGCACUAUGAGCAGUCUGCAGACUACUACAAAGGCGAGGAGUCCAACAGCUCAGCCAACAAGUGUCUGCUGAAGGUGGCUGGCUAUGCCGCCCAGCUGGAGCAGUACCAGAAAGCCAUCGACAUCUACGAGCAGGUGGGGACCACCGCCAUGGACAGCCCCCUGCUCAAGUACAGCGCCAAGGACUACUUCUUCAAGGCGGCACUCUGCCACUUCUGCAUCGACUCGCUCAACGCCAAGCUGGCUGUCCAGAAGUACGAGGAGCUGUUCCCAGCCUUCUCUGAUUCCCGGGAAUGCAAGCUGAUGAAAAAGUUGUUAGAAGCCCACGAGGAGCAGAAUGUGGACAGCUACACAGAGUCGGUGAAGGAGUACGACGCCAUCUCUCGGCUGGACCAGUGGCUCACCACUAUGCUCCUGCGCAUCAAGAAGACCAUCCAGGGCGAGGAGGAGGACCUGCGCUAGGCCACCACCUCCCAUCCCUGCUCGUCUGGUCUGCAGCAGAGGGAGCUGGGCUGAGACUUCCACCUUCCUCCUGGCCCAGCCGGGGAGUCCCACAGGCCGCUCAGCAGCACCUCGGGCCGCCAGAGGCCAGGCCACUGUCCAGUCACCUCUGUUCUUGCUACAUCCCUCACCCCUGCCUGUCUAUUUAAGCCCCUAACGGUGUCCUCCACCCUGAAACCAGCUGUAGGAAUCUGAUUCAGACCUCCUGUGUGGGUGCUGCUAGGAGUCAGAGGCCAGCAUUUGGUCCCCAGCACCUGACCAGCUGAGUUGAGUGGCUGGUUUCUGCCCCUACUUUGGCCUGUGGCAGAGCUCAGCCCAAGCGGCCACUGAGCCCUGCUCUCACCGCCAGGGGUGGCUACCCCUGCACCCUGGCCUCCUGCAGCCCCAACCUCUCAGGUUAGACCAGGGCUCUGGAGCCACCCUGCAAUGCUCCUCCCCUGUGCUUGAGGUUUGGUCUGGUGGUUGGAAGCUCCAGAUGCCCCAAGAAGGAAAAUAAAAAUCCCCACUUUUG